UCAUCGGUUGUAGUCGUGAAGUGAAAAUGUGUUUAGAGGCUUAAAUCCUCGUAUAAACUGUGAAAGAUGAAAAGUAGCCCCACUCGUAAAUAUGAACAUUUCUCCGAUCAUCGUGGGAAAGAGUCUGACAAGUACUCUAUAGACAGCCAGGAUACGGCAAGUCUGCAUUCGAACGCGGAGGAGGGCGGUGGCAGACGGGGGCAGAGGGACAUGAGCGUGGGUGCUGGCGACAUGUGGAUCAGCGCUGUCGAGAGUUCCAUACUCAGUUGGGAGGAGGUGGCUGAGCGUCUCCAAGUAGACGUAAGGCGUGGUCUAACAUGGCGGGACGCGAACGAUCGGAUGAACUUCGUGGGGCCCAACGAGUUCCAGGUCAAAGAACAGGACCCACUGUGGAAGAAGUACAUCGAGCAGUUCCAAAAUCCUUUGAUAUUGCUUCUGUUGGGUUCCGCAGUGGUCAGCAUCUGCAUGAAGCAGUUCGAUGACGCGGUGUCGAUCACGGUGGCCAUCAUGAUCGUGGUGACCGUGGCCUUCGUGCAAGAGUACCGCUCCGAGAAGUCGCUCGAAGAACUCAAUAAACUUGUACCUCCGUCAUGCAACUGUCUCCGCGAAGGUAGUCUCGAGCAUUUCUUGGCGAGGAAUCUUGUUCCUGGCGACAUCGUACAUCUUAAUAUUGGAGAUAGAGUGCCGGCUGAUCUGCGCCUGUUCGAAUCCUCGGAUCUGGCCAUCGACGAGUCAUCGUUCACAGGCGAAACCGAACCUGCUACCAAGAGUGUGCUGCCAAAUAAAGCUUCAGCGGGCAGAGUGAAUAAGGACAAUAUCGCGUUCCUGGGCACUUUGGUCAGAUGUGGUAAUGCUAAGGGUAUUGUCGUAAGUACCGGCGAGCGAUCCGAAUUCGGUGAUAUAUUCCGUAUGAUGCAAGCUGAAGAAGCGCCGAAGACUCCCCUGCAGCGGUCAAUGGACACUCUUGGCGCUCAGCUGUCCCUCUACAGCUUCUGUAUCAUCGGCUUCAUCAUGGUGGCUGGCUGGGUGCAAGGGAAGGCUAUACAGGAGAUGUUCACCAUUGGAGUCAGUUUGGCGGUAGCUGCCAUUCCUGAAGGUCUACCGAUAGUGGUUACUGUGACAUUGGCACUGGGGGUCAUGCGAAUGGCGAAACGUAACGCGAUCGUCAAGAAGCUGCCCACAGUGGAGACUCUGGGUUGUGUCAACGUUAUAUGCAGCGAUAAGACAGGAACUCUGACAAAGAACGAGAUGACAGUGACAACGCUAUCAACAUCGGGCGGACAUAUCGCGGAGGUGAGCGGGUCGGGCUACAGCUCGCGGGGGGAGGUACAGUUGCGGGCCUACAAGGGUCGCCACUUGGACGUGGCGCGCGCGGCCGUCACCAACAUGCUGGAGGUGGGCGUGAUAUGCAACAACGCGAACAUACGAGACGAUAUGUUGUACGGGCAGCCGACAGAGGGCGCGCUUCUUGCGUGCGCGUACAAAAACAAUAUGGAGGAUUUACGUGACAGAUACACCAGACUGAACGAGAUACCCUACAAUUCCGAAACGAAAAUGAUGGUUGUGAAGUGCGCACCGAAGUACGGCGAGAGCGGGUCGGAGCAAGUGUUUGUGAAGGGUGCGGUGGAGAAGGUACUGCCGCUGUGCACGCAGUACGUGGACAGUGCGGGGAACUACGCGCCCAUGACCAAGGAGAAACAAGGAGAGUUCCUCAACGAGGCCUAUAAUAUCGCCAGAAUGGGACUAAGGAUAAUCGCAUUGUGCCGCGGGAACAAAAUAGAAUCUCUAACAUAUACCGGAGUGUGCGGCAUCUGCGACCCGCCGAGGGAGUCCGCUCGGACGGCCAUCGCGGCGUUGCGGAGGGCUCAGGUCCAAGUUAAAAUGGUCACGGGUGAUUCUGGGCCUACUGCGCUUGCUGUCGCACAAAUGGUGGGGCUUGACGUGCUGCACUCCCAAGCCCUGUCCGGAGAACAGUUGGACACGAUGACAGACGAGCAGUUGGACGGUGUCAUUGAUACCGUUAGCGUGUUCUACAGAGUGACACCGAAACACAAACUGUCCAUUGUUAAGUCGCUGCAGAGACUCGGAAAUAUUGUUGGGAUGACAGGUGACGGGGUGAACGACGCCGUUGCUUUGAAGCGAGCAGACAUUGGCAUCGCAAUGGGAAGGAACGGGACAGACGUAUGCAAAGAGGCAGCCGACAUGAUUCUUGUGGACGACGACUUUGCUACCAUCAUCUGUGCCAUAGAGGAGGGCAAGUGCAUCUUCUACAACAUCCGCAACUUCGUUCGCUUCCAACUGUCGACGUCCAUCGCCGCGCUGUCGCUGAUCACACUGGCCACACUCAUGGGCAUUCCCAACCCGCUCAACGCCAUGCAGAUCCUGUGGAUCAACAUCAUCAUGGACGGUCCCCCCGCGCAGUCCCUCGGGGUGGAGCCGGUAGACCACGAGGUGGUGCGGCGCAGACCUCGCGACACGUCCCGCCGCAUCAUCUCUCGCUCGCUGCUGCUGUCCGUGCUGCUCUCUGCAGCCAUCAUCAUCGCCGGCACUCUGUGGGUCUUCAACAGAGAGAUGUCAGACAACAAGAUCACGCCCCGCGACACCACCAUGACGUUCACUUGCUUCGUGCUGUUCGACAUGUUCAACGCGCUGUCGUGUCGCUCGCAGACCAAGUCCAUAUUCCAAGUGGGGCUGUUCUCGAACAAAAUGUUCCUGAUCGCCGUAUCGCUGAGCCUGGUGGGACAGAUGCUCGUGAUAUACUUCCCGCCGCUGCAGAGGGUGUUCCAGACGGAGGCGCUCACAGCCAAUGAUCUCAUAUUCCUAGUCUGCUUAACGUCAAGCGUAUUCAUAGUGAGCGAAGUUAAGAAGGUUAUCGAGCGCGCUCUCAAGAAGCGUUCACUCGCAACGUUCUCCACUAAGGCACAUGACGCGAUGGACUUCGUAUGACAGGAGCCGGAGACUAAGGUGGAGUAGGAUGUCAGUCUGACAUGUGUCAGUGCGACUUACGUCAAUCUGACAUCUGUCAUACCGGUUAGGUCAAACGGUGGUGUGGACUGUGACCGUGGGCGUUUGACGAUAAGUGUUUCGGGUCAGAAUUAUGUAAAGGACAACUGUCACGAUGACAGCUGUCAGUGUGACAAGACUGAAUGAUGUAAACGAACAGCAACGCCCCAUUGUGUGGCUAGGGACUCCCAGUAUUUGUAAAUUAUUUUAUUUGUUGUGUGUUUUGUGAUUUAAGUGUAAUUAGAUGGAUUUAGUUUCUUAUACGCUUAUUUUGAUAUUAAUUUUUUAUUAUAUUUGUUUGUGAAACAGUGUUUAAGUAAUGUUUAAGAUUUAGAAGUACAGCUCCGCAUUUUAAGUGUUUCGCUUUAUAUUUAGUUGGUACGAACAAAUAUUCGCCGUGUUUUUGCCAAAUACAUUAACAUGUUGUACAACUAAUCUUCGAACUUUUUUUUAUAAUUUGAGUGUAAACCUGAUGACUGUUUGUACUAUGAUUAUUCUCUUUAUAUUCUUUUACACCAGGAACUCUUUCUAUACGUUGAACCUCUUUGGGACGAAGGCCUCCACAACUUUUUUUUACGUUAACGUUCCCUUAAUUCCUUUAGUACAUAUUGUUUGUCCACAACUAGAAAAAAAUGUAUUAAAGUUCUGCAUUUCAAUAUGUGGAAUGUUAAAUUCCAUAUCCCUAUAAUAGUACUGAAUAAGAUAUAUACAAGUACCAAACUAAAAAUACAAAAUCCCAUAAAUGGAUUGCAAAAAGGGAUCACGAAAAUAUUCCAUAGAUCCUGAUUGGGAGUAACAUCGCGUCCAGAAUUGAACUUUUGUGUUCGGGAAUGGAUUGCAAUAUCUUAAAUCGCCAAUUAAAAUCGAAUUGGCUGUAAGUCUAAUAUAUAUUACAAAACCUGCUUAGGUAGAAGUUCUUCAUAGAUCGCAAAACUAUUUAAUUAACUAGUAUUUUCUCGCAUCUUCCUUGAGGUUCAACUUAAGCCGGCUCCACACGUUACGAAUGACGGCGAUAGAAAACAAUGGAACGAAAAAGAAAGAUCAUGUAUUGUGACUUUUGAGACGAGUGGUAUUGAAAGAAAGGACCGUUAUCUGAUUGUCAUUCAUUAACGUUCUUUGUAUCUGCAAAUAUUGGUAUUUAUUUUUGUCAUUUCUCUUCUCGUGCGAUAUUUGCUCGUUAAUCAACUCAGCGCUUCGGCUACCAUUUACAUGUAGUAGAAAAUAACUAAAAUUAAAUAGUAAAUAGAAUGACUUAUUGAAUGUUACCUGGCACAUCUAAUAUAAGAACAUCGGCACGUAUUAAUAAAAUGAAAUACACAUAGAUUUUAUCUGUGCUGUAAGUAUUCUAAGCUUUUUCCAAAAUAUUUCAAAAAAUUAUAAGUCUUCUAACUUAGAUAAUUUAUACGUCUAGAUAGAGCCUCUUGCUGCUAGAUAACCGAUGAAAACAGGCCAGUUUUAUUAUUUUAGUGUGCGUGACAAGCUACGUAUUACACUCGCGAUUUGUAUGUCAUUUUGUGCUAGUGUGUCUGUCACAGUUUAUCUAGACGUAUAAAAACUAAAUACUAAAAAAAGUUUAUGGAAAAUUUAAUUAAACUUUUCUAGCACUCUAAUUACCGCUAUCUGCGGCGAAGGGAUAAAAUUUAUAUGACUUAACGACACACGGGCACAUUUACAGGCAAGAAAAAAAGUAAAAAAUGUUCUUGCCUAAGUAUGACACUGUAAAGGACAUCGCUGGUGUUGUGUGCUUAUUACCUAAGGAGAAUGUGGCCAUUUAACAGCCUUAAUAGAAAUUAAUAAAAAUCAAAUCAAAAGUGGAUGUGAUACCUCGGAAAAUAUUAUUUAAGGCACCAAGCGGGUGGAGUCCAAGACGAGGCAGACCAUAUUAUAGAUAUUUAGUGGUGGAUUUGCCGAAGUUUAGAAACGCAUGGUAAAUGAUAGGCAAUCAACUUAAAAGAAAUCCGUUUAUUUUUCUAUAUUUCUAAUUAUUAGGGUAUUCUUUUUACAUUAUUAUUGAUUAUAUAAUUCAAAAUAUAUCGAGAGACGAAACACGAUUACAAUAAACUUUCUCGAUAAAAAGAUCACCAAAAAAACCUUUGCGCGAAGCCUACUGCCGUCGUACUAAUAACACGCAACAUUUAAAGUUCGAUUUUAGUUUGGUGCACUUCUAACCUAAUAGUCUAAGAGACCGUGAACCCCACACGACGUAAGUAAAAUUAUAAUUUCAUGGACAUUAAGGAUGUCUGACAAGGGGUUGACACGAUGUUAAGUGCCUGGCAACGAAUAACGUGAUUUUUAAUAAUAUUCUGAAGGUAAUACCGAAAAAUCGCACUUUUUUUGAUGUUUUAAGAUCGGUAUUUUACACACCUUUAGUACCGUUUUUACAUAAUAGUCCAGAGUUCUUACCUGUGUUGGGAGCAUGCGCUGACAAACUUUCAGCUUUUAUAAAAUAACGUAGGUCUGGGGUUCACGGGCUCUUGUUCUAUAACUUGAGGGCCGCUCCGAACAUAGCCACAGGUAAGAGUUGUCAGCACUUUCGUUCAUAUAUAGAGCGAUGUUCAGUUCAGUUUUCACUGGGAAGAGAAAGCCUUAUUGUCCUCUAAAAAGCUUGGUGUUAGUGAGGCAGUAUGUCAAGCCAUCGCCUGCAGCUCCAAAAUGCCCAAUUUUGGCCUCACAUUAGUAUUGUUCUCACCUCUCGCCCUUCCGUACCAUCUUCUUCCAUUUGACCGUAUACUAUGAAGAGCGUCAUCUCCGAUCGGCUUGAUUCUUUGGCAUUGCGUAGAAGGUGUAAGUUGCUCUGCAACUUCUUGCCUCGCACAACCACUUCUCUGUGGAAUCAAUUACAGGCUGCAGUUUGCCACAGUUUGUCAUUGUUUGACACAGCAGUCAAAAACACGGCUAAGGCUAAAUGUAUGGCUAAGUGUAUCUACGAGGAGUUAAAUAGGUAUAUAAUUACUUACUAUUUAGAAUGAUUGUAAAGUAUUUAUUACGACACUUAAUUGUAGAUGAUAAGGUAAAGGAGUGUUUUUUUUUUUUAUUUAAUUCUGGUCCAGGUAUUUGUAAGUUAUGUCAAGAAUAAACGUAUAUUUCCUAGAUUUAUGGAAAAGUAUAGUUUAUCUGAUUAAAUCAAGGGUAAUCAUUCUAUUAUACAAUGACAAUGAUUUUUAUUUUAUUUUGAUGUUUUUGAAUGAAAAUGUAUUUUCGUUUCUUUUGUUUUAUAAUCCAGUUGACAUUGACGUUUGUUUAUAUUGUCUUUGGCGGAUACAAAAAUUUAUAAAACCGAUCACUUAGAUAUUCAGCUGUGGAGUAGUAGGAUUUACGAUAGAGCCAUUUUUUAAUAAAACAUUAAAAUUUAUUUAUAGAUAAAACCUGAACAGUUGUUUAGAAAAUCCUAGAAAAUGUUCAAAACAAAUGUAUUACGAAAUUCUAUAGACUUAUUAAAAAACGUGUGUAUGGUAAAGGUUACUAUAACAUAUAUGAGUUUCGUAAUGAUAUGACCAUCAGGCUAUUAAUUGAUAAAUUUUAUUCUACGAUUUUACAUUGUAACCAAAUUUUUAUAUAAAAAAAGAAGUCCGCUGAGUUUCUUGCGCCCGUUCUUCAAAGGUCUGAGGCAUACCUUUUCGAAUGGGCGGUAGUUUUUGACUUUCAAUGAGUGAUUAUAUCUUAUUUUGAAUAAAAAUAUUUGAAUUUGAAUAGUUAUUCAAACUGUACUUUAAAUUUAUGUGGAUGUUGUAUGAUACUUUCCAGUUUGCCUUUUUGCUCUUCGUCUUCUUGCUUAUGUUCGCGAAACUUUAGCUUAAUAUAGCAUAUAAUGCUUUACAUCAUACUAGUUGUUUACUAUACAUAUAUAUAUACUUCAAAUGUUAGCUAAUACAUAAUAUAUAGUACCUAUAUUAAAUAUUUUGGUCCUAGACCGCUAUAUGGCAGCCUAAUAAAUACUACGAAUAUUAUCACUUCUUUAAUAGUAAUAAGUAUCAAAACUCUUAGGUUUCUCUAAAAAUGUAUCAAAUAUGCUAACCAUUUAAAUGUUAUUAUUGUGACUGGGGCAUGUGGUUGUAAAAUUUAACAAUAAGACCUUUAUGAUAAUUAAUGUAAAUUGUUUUAUAUUAAAUACUUUUGAACUGGCAAUUAUAAUAUGCGCUUACUUAUAUGUAUGCUUAGGUACACUAGUGAGGUCAAUGUCUUCAAAUUCAUUCUACUGCACCAUCAUAGUUGCACUAUAGUAAUUUUCUUCGACAAAAGUCAGUUUUAUUUUAAGCCCUGUUCUUUCAUAUUAAGGUUGAAAAUACUACGUGUAUAUCUUGUUUGUGAUUUAAAUCCAUAUCGAUUUAUGAACUUUUGUAUAAUGUAGCGUUUGUAUACAUUUCUUACCUAUUAUAUAAUAGUAGAAUAAAGAUAAGAUUUUAUCAUUGUUUAUAAUUAGAGAGUCUCUUACUCACAGAGACUAACUUUUGGUCUCGCACUUUGUAAUAAAGCUUACAGUUUUUCAGAUAUAUAAUAUGAUUUCUUUUUUCGAAGUACCAACGUAAUAAUUCGUGCCGAGUGAUUGCGUAAUAGCCUCAAUAUUAAUCUGGACCGGCAAAUAAAACUGUUCUGUUCUACAUAAUUGUUGGGACCUUCUACUGCGCAACUAUUAUCUGUGCCAGCUAUGUGUUGAGCUAUAUUUCAGUUUAUGGAAUUCUUUAUUCCCAUUAAGACAAAAAAGUCACUUACAUGAGAAAUAACUUAAAUAAUAAAUAAGGCUAGUAUUAAUUACUUAUCCGGUAUGAAUAUGUGGUUAGUAUAAAGAAUAAGUGGUUAAUAAUAACAUAUAGUUCAAUAAUCUAGUGUGAGGACACAGUGAUAUAUCACAAUAGCAAAUGACUUCUAACAAAUACAGUAAAUGAGUAACAAGAUUAUUAGCAAAAUAGUUGAUACAAAGUAACAAUCAAGACAGGUUCUUGGGUUGUGGUACAAGUUAUAUGCAAUUUAAUUUUUAACAAUUUAAGUAUUAGAAACAGAUAAGCAUCGAUCCAUAGCAACCUAAAUAUCAACACAGUAAAAGAGGAAAUAAGGAAUAUCAAUAUUUAAUACAAAAACCAACUGAAGGCCCACCCAAACCAAUUUGCUGUGCAAUUAAGCUUUCUUCCUGAGGCAAUGCGCAGGCUGAAAAGACGGCAUAUACUAUCAUGCCUGUCUAGCCAUGAUGAAAUAUAGAGAAAUUCCUAAUUAGGAAAUAAUCUGCCAACAAUCUCAGAACACAUCUGUUCAUAGUCUCUCGACUGAUUGCAUGAAAAAAUAAAAAUGAAAAAAGCAGAUAAUAAUAUUUAAAUAAAACGCUGUUUAAAGGAUUAACUGUCGGCCUGUUCCAAUAACAACGCGAGGGGAUUAUUUGAAAACACCUUAAAGGCCGCUCUUGCGAUUACUCUGAUAAAGAUACAGUUAAAACAUUGGUUGAGGUGCUCACUUAGAAUCGGGACCGGAAUUAGUCCUCCAAGAAACAAAUACCUAUACCAUUAUAAUGGUUUUUAAUAAAACAAAACAAACGUUUAUGUUUGUGACAUUAUUGCAGUAAAAUUUUUUUUAGUUACUCCAACCCUAUUUCUUUAUAAAGGAAGCUAUAUAAUAAUUUUAACUGCUAAAUGGCCAUACUUUGCAUACAUCACAAAAUAGUUAUUUAUGCAACAGCUGUUGUGUAAUAAAGGGUAUUAAAACACGAAUGUAUAAUAAUAGUUUUACAUUAGUGUUUUUAGUACCUAAUUAUCAACAGUUGCAUAUAAGACUUUAUCUACACCCAGAAUAUGAAUCCUCUAAAAGAUUCUGAAACAGUUAGCUUACUGCUAGCAUUUAUAUACAAAUAAGCUAAGUAUUAAUGAAAGAAUCAUUUAUUUUAGUAAUAAUUUAUUUUGUAUAGUGCAAUUAUUAAAAUUCACUUGAAUAUUAUGUUCUUUGCAGCGUUUAAAAUAUCUGUCGGUGUGCUGUCAAAACUUGAAUCGCUCAUUUUUUGUAAAGAAAACAAUAAAAAAAUCAAAGAAAAAUAGCAGGUAUUAAACCUACUUUUUUACGGCGCGCGUCGUUCUGGUAUUGUAGAACGCGCGUAAACUAUUCUGUUUUUGAAAUUCAUACAGAUACCACGCAUUAAGCAAUAAGAAUGUCGCUGUCUAUUGAAAGUCGUACCGCAUGAAGGUAUCGAAAUAAAAACAAAGAGUGUAAGAAACAAUUCAAUACUGUUGUACAUACAAACAAGUGUUGUAAUAUUUUUCAACACUCGUUUGUAUGAUGUAAUGGUUAUUAGGACAUUGGGUGUUUUUUAUGUUGGCAAUAAGCUAACUGUUUCAGAAGCUGUACUAGAGGAUUUAAACUUUAAAGCAUAGGGGUGUAGAUAAAAUAAUUAACGGAUCGCGUCUGCAGUUUUCUUUAGUGGACUGUAAACUAUAACGGUAAUACACUUAUGGCCAUUUUAAGUUAAUGGUUUUUUAUAUUAUUUUAAUAGCAUAAUUGUUAUACAUAUUUAUUAUACUAUAGAUAGAAAAUUAUUCACUAAUCCCAAAUGUUUCGGCACAAAUUAUAAAAACGAAAUCCUUUCAUAUUAUCUUUCCUAUGUGUAGAGUUAGAUCUAAAAUUUAGAGAUAAAUUGUUUGUUUUUUUUUAAGAAAAGAUAAAUCAACCUCUAUCCCAAAUUAGUAUACUUUUAGAUAUUAUUUAAUUAUGAAGGUCAGAUCUAAAUAAAAUAUUAUAUUACUAACUAUAUCAAAAAUCAUAUUAUGUAAAGCUAUAUAUGUUUAUGUCUUAGAUUAAGGAUUGGUCAAAGAACAAUAGCUUUUUUUAUUACGGCAACUAUUUGAUGCUUGUGUGCGUGGCGUCUUGACACUCAAUGGCACUUUUCAUAUUAUGUAGCAUACGCUUCGUGUUAUUCAGCAUUGAAAUAAAAA